CUGGGCCCGAAUAGCACAGGUGGCCCACAACAAUGUACCCCAUCAUAUCAAGAAGACAAUAUGGCUGGAACAGACACGACAAUGCUCAAGAAAAUUGCUUGCGAAGCGAUUGAUGAGAAUGCCGCUGAGCUCCGAGACCUAAACAGAAAGAUAUGGGAAAAUCCAGAGCUGAGCUGUAAUGAAAAAUUUGCCCACAAAGUAUUGACGGAUUUCCUAGAAGAAAAGGGAUUUGAUGUCACGCGAAGUUGGGCUUUAGAGACAGCGUUUGUUGCGCGUAGUGGAAAUGGCGAUGAUGGACCAUGUGUCGGUGUGAUUUGCGAGUACGAUGCGCUUCCCGAAGUGGGACACGCUUGUGGACACAAUCUCAUCGCUGCGGCUGGCGCUGCGGCUGGCAUAGGAAUAAAAGCUGCAAUAGAUUCCUUGAGUGGUUGCAAAGGGAAGAUUUCAGUCCUCGGUACCCCAGCUGAGGAACAUGGCAAUGGCAAAGGCACAAUGAUCCGCAAUGGCUGCUUUGAGAGCAUAGACUUCUGCAUGAUGGUACAUCCAUUUCCUAGCAACACGACCAUGCCUACAGUCCUAGCCGAUAAGGUGGUCAUGGCAACAUUCAAGGGACAAACCACUCAUGCUGCAGCCUUCCCCUGGGAAGGAGUCAAUGCCCUUGAUGCAGCCAUCAUGGCAUAUUCCAACCUGAGUAUGUUACGACAGCAGUUGAGACCAAGUUGGCGCUUUCAUAGUAUUAUAACAGAGGGUGGGGUUAAACCAAACAUUAUCCCUGAUCAGACAAAGAUGAUAGUAGAGUAUAGAGCACCUACAGAAAAUGAGUUGAAGCAGCUUGAAGAUAAGUGUAUCAGGUGUUUGGAAGGGGCUGCUAUGGCAACAGGGUGUACCCUUGAAAUGGAAUUUCUUGGUGAACCACAUUAUUCUAAUUUAGCAACCAAUGAAAGAAUGGCAUCGCUAUAUCAAGCAAAUGCAGAAACUAUUGGGGAGGAAUUCCCCCCUCUGGAUGAACAGAAAGCUGUAGUUCUAGGAUCUACUGAUAUGGGGAACGUAUCGCAUGUUGUGCCAUCAAUCCACCCAUUGUACAGCAUCGGCACAGCUUCUGUUAACCACUCCCAUGCAUUCAGGGAGGCUGCUGGACAGGACAUAAGCCACGAGAAGAGCCUUUUGGCUGCCAAGGCGAUGGCAAUGACAGCUAUUGAUUUGCUUUGUAAUAAAGGACUUAUGGAUGAAGUGAGAAGGGAGUUUGAGAAGACACAUGCUGAAGAGUAGUUGGUAUCUUUUGUUUGAGCCUAGAGUGUGGGUAAGGGGGGGGGAGUUGGGGCCAGUGGCAAAUAAUUCUGGUGUGGAGUAAUACACCUUAGGAGAAGGCUUAGACUUACAUUCCAGAUCAAGGUAGAUCAUCAUGAUAGUUUGGAUGGUUUUUUUUUUCAUCGCAUGCCUGCAAAUGCCACAACAGCUAAUUUAGGCAGGAGAGAUGAAUUUUGACUCGGUUGUCUGAGUAUUGCUCUUCAGUGCCUGUGCCUCUCACCCCCACAUGGUUCCAUGUGCAAUUUCAGGUUACAAAUCAAUUUGUGUUAGCUGGUCCUGGACUUUGCUCUAAGUUUGUUUUCCAGAUUCUUCACUUUCUUUUAAUUUUUGCCUUUAUCACACAUGUUUUAUUACCAAUAAAUCCUGAGCUUAGGCCUAGAACAUUACUUGUAUGCAGCCGUGUUUGUAUAUCUUGUUAUGCAGAGAGUGGGGCUAAAUUUCAGUAGAGAGUACAGCUCUAUUGAACAAUCUCAGUGAAAUAACAUGGUGAUCAUACAGCUCUAUUGAACAAUCUCGGUGAACUUACAUGGUGAUCAUAAUAGCAUUUGUAUGAAUCUGAUGCAUCAAUAAAUACCUGUCAACUCUUCUACAUUAGGCGGCAGUCUCAAAAUUUGGACCCUUCUCCCUCUCUCCCUCGUUGGCCACAAGAUAUUCCGUUUUUUAGCGAUUUUUAUGGCUUCAGAGAAAUUAUUCCACAGAAAAUCGACAUUUUACCUAUUUCAAUAAAAAUAAAUAAAACAAUAAUUGCC